CUCACCGUCAUUGUUCCGUGCUUCACGUCAUAGUUUUAUCAUUCAUUUACCUUUUCAUUUACUUAAAUUAACCAUAAUACGGUGUCGAAAACUAUUGACGAGAGGUCGUUGUAUUUAUACACGAAAAGUUUUAUAGAUAUAAACUGUAAAACAAAAUGUUUGAACUGUUACGCUGAAGUGUAUCGGGUAUUAUUAAAUCCUAUAUCGAAAUGAUCAAAUUCCAAACAUUCAUCGAGCUUCUUGUGACCCAAACGUGUAGAAGAGCAGCCCACGAAUAUGAGGUGUACAACAAAAACGGCCCAAAGACACCAAAAAAGAAAAACAGCAUCUGGGCUUCGAAGACUGGAAGGUAUUCGUUGGAAUUUCUUAAGGAGCUACACGAUAAACCAAGAGAAUUCAUCUACAAGCUUUUAAAGGUACCUGAAAAUCCAAAGUUGAAGCCGAUUUUGAAGGCGCCAAGCACCCUGCACUGGGUCAACAAUCCUUGCGAAUUUGGAAAAGCAGAAAGGGAGAAAUUAAUGGAGUUCCUUGGUACUAUUAAAGAAGUGGCACCACCAAAAUCUAAGAAGUGGAUAGAGCUGCAACAUUAUUUACAGUACGUCUACAGGAACUUUGCUAAUCCAAAACCUGAUCCAUCAUCAGAGACGUUGUCACCAUAUUUUAUCAAAAAGCUGAGGAACUUGGUCAAAGAAUUGAUUGAAGAUGAUGAAUCUCAAUUAUAUUUGAGAAUUGUGGCAUUGCUUAGAGAGUAUUGUAUCUUUGCCCAGUGGAACUAUAGCAAAGGUGGUAACCAUGCUAUUACAAAGUUAUUUUACUACUAUGAAGCAAUGCUUUCAGCAGCGAAAAACUGCAGUGCAGCUUUUCAAGAGUUUGAAGUUAUUGUUUACAAAAAUUAUUCUGUGUGUUGGAUAGACUUCAAUACAUGCGUAUUUAUACGAUAUUUUUUUGAAACUGACUAUGUACAGCUUACUAUAUAUAAGUGCUUAGAGUUUAAGGAGAGUCCUGGUGAUACACCUGCCAUGUUUGGUUUACUUGAAGACUUGAAAAAUCUGUGGAUAAAGGAGCAGAAACGAAUAAUGAAGAUAAACGAGGAGGCACAGGUGGAUGACACGACAGAUUUCUAUUAUAUAGAAGAGGCGAUGAUAAAUUGUCAUAAGAAAGUAUUAAAAAGCAACUGUUGGAUUUUCAGAUCUCAACAAGAGCUGGAAGACUUAGAUUUAAGGCGACUCGACCACCAUAUAUUUCGUUUACUAUUCGAUCCAUUCUUUCACCCGGAUGGACCAAUUUUAGACAAAAAUGGGCAAUGUAUUUGCGAGGAAUGCCUGUUUGCAAAAUACAAAUUGCUUGUAGAUAAACCGGCCGAUGAAAUCAACAAUAAAAUUCUCAAAGAUGCGACUAGGCAGAGUUUUUGUAGGGAAUGCCAGAAACCGAUCGAUUUGAAUACAUAUCAUGCUCAUGUCAAUAAGCAUUGUUGUGAAGAUGAUGAGUAUGACCCAGCAGAGAUGUUAAGCAAUGAAAUGAGUUUACUGAGCCUCAACUCAAAUAACAGCGGACCUCCCGCAUUACCAAAUGGUUUUGCAGAAAAGAUGACUGAAGAGGAGAAAGAAGAAGAAGAGGAAGAUGAAGACGCUUGCGAGAUACACUUUAAGCAUUUUGAAGAACAUACCGAGGCAGAGACAACAAUGGAAGCUUUCGAAGAAUACUUGAGACAGAGGAAGGAGGGAAAAUGCCAACUUUUGAGCAAGAACGUCCGCAAUUUCAUCAAAAUUAAAAAAGACAUAUUUACUAAUUCCAACGGACAAGUGACUGAGAAAGUGUUCGAUAUGUUCAACCCAACUUCACAGAAUGUGCCAGCCGUACCGAAACCAGUGGAGCCAGAAGCAAGCAAAAUAAAAGAAAUGGGAAAAAAUGCUCACAAAUGUGAGAGAUGUAAUUCCAGGCCUUAUACCGCAUGUAAACCUGUACCAGGCAAGGAUGCGGCAUCUAUUUGUGAGCACAACUGUAGGCUGGACAACAAAACUCCUGAAAUCAAACCUAACACCACUAGACCAGAAAUUAUUCAGAGCUUCGUGAACACGUUGGAAAAACUUCUACCCAAUUUAACUGAUGCCUGCCAUUCCCAUGGAGGCCCCUGUGAGCAUGGCAAAGAUGCCAAAAAAUGUGACUGCACGUACUGCGAAGUAUUCGGAUCGAAUGUAACGUCUCACGUCCACAAAAAUAACGAGCUUCGAGACAGGCUGAGAAUAAGAUUGCAUCAAAGACGAGAAAAGAGAACAAAAGACACCAGCAAGCAUGGUUUACAUGCUGCUGAAAAAUCAGCCAACAAUUGUGCUGCAGCUAUAAAUUCUGCGAAACUAAAGACUGUCAUAAGCAAGGUAGAAGAAAGGGUGCCCCUGCCUUCAUCUCCUACAAAUAUACCACCAGCUCCGGUUGUGAAACCUUUGGAUUUAACUUUUACUGUAUCUGAAGAAGACGACAUUCACGGGCUGGUCAAUUACAUCGAAGGCAAUUCGGUAUUGAACAAGAUUGAACUUGCUCAAAAAAAGGCAGCCAAGAAGAUUAGGCAGCGCCAAAAGAAAGAAGAAGAACGGCAGCGGGCUGAAGAACAGAAAAGAUUAGAGGAGGAAUUAAAGAGAAAAGAAGCUGAGAGACGAGAAGCUGCUAAAAGAAAGGUUGAACGAGAAAAAGCCGAAGCAGCGGCAAUAGCUAAAGCUAAGGCAGAAAAGUGCAAGAGCAAAAAGGAGAGACAGGCUGAAAAAAGGCAAGAGCUGAAAAAGCAACAAAAAGACGCUGAAAAAGAAAAGGAGAACAUCAAAAAUGCAACUGCAUCUAAAAACACGAAAAUUGUUGAAGAAACGAUACCCGCAAUGGUCACCAUCAAAAGAAUCGCCGAAAACGAAAAUGGCGAACCGACUGUCACCAUCACUUUGAAAGGAUCCACGCCUGACCAAGAUAAGUUGCUCUACACGUUAGUAGGUGGGCCUGAUGAUAAGAUAGAUGCUCCUAAAGAGCCUGAGAAGAAUUCCAAGAAGAAAAAGAAGCAGAAGAACGCCCUAUCUGUUGUGACAAAAGACGUGAAAGUAACAGUGGCUCUAGAUCCAACUAAAACUAAAUCAGAGCCUGAUGCAAAUACUAGGAAACUAAACAAAAACAAUCACGUUAAAAUGUUGCCUAAUGCCGGCAAACAAAAAAUGAAUGAUUUCAAUAAAAAAGCCAAUACACCUUCAACUAAAAAAGAAAUACCUCUAAGCGAUCUGAAUAUACCAAUGCUUCGUUUACCGCCAGGUAUAACGAUAACAAAGAUUGAAGGCCCGGUAUCGAACCGUAAUUAUAAAGUAGGCAAUAUAGAUGAAGAAAGAGGUGGUCCUACCAUUAACGUUGGAAAAUCAGGAGUAAUAGUUGUUGAUACGGAAAAGCUUAUCCAAAGUAAACCACUUAAUGGCGAAUCUAAAGCCAAAAACAAGAAAAAGAAAAAGAAGAACGCCAAAAAAGCAGCGGAGUCUGAGAAUCAAUCAACGGUGGAUGGCAAGAAAAUGAUAACUUUGAAAAACCCUAUCUUCCAAUCAAUGCAAUCUAAACCGUCAGAUUCCGCGGCAGAUAAACAUUCGGAUAAUGUUCCUCCAGCAGCGAUUUUCACUAACGAAAAUGGCAUGGUUACCAUAAGAAGUUCUCGUCUAAUGAAUGGUCCAGGGUCUGCGUUGAAUCCGAUGCCCGUGCAGAAUAUAAUGCCAGAAAUUGAACCAUACCAGUCUCAUCAAGGCUACACAUCGACCCCAGAAGAGAAAGAGAUAUCGUCCUUUAACGCCAGAGAGAUUUUGUCUGGUUUACCGGGCAUCGAGAUAACCAAAGUGGACAAAAAGCAGAAUAAAACCGAAGCAGAUGGGAACAAAGCUUGCCAAACAGCGGAAGUAUCAAUUAUACCCACUUCAAAUGGCAGCGAAAAAUUCGAUUUUGAAAAAGAUGACUGGUUUUAUGAGAGCGUGUUCAGUCCAAGGGAUGUUCUCGAAGAUGACAUGGAUGCCGAAGAGCUAGAAUUGGAAGCGUUCAAACGAUUCUGCCAGCAGUCCAUACCACCGCCCCAAAAGGAGAAAGUUGCUCACUUAAAUGUUGCCGAGAUUGUUUUCAAAAAGCAAGCGGAUAACACUGUUUGAUUAGAAUAAAUAAUGUAGUAUUUUAUUUUUUAUUUCCUUUACUUAUUCAUCCUUUUCAACAUUGUUAGUGCAAUAUAUGUGAUAAUUUUUAUUUGGUUGAUCGUCAAUAUUUGUAUGGGGUCUUUAAGAUCACAAAUAAAUAUUUGUUCAAUGUGUA